CCAAUUUUCUUUUAAAUAACUAGUAUAUACUUUUCUAGCUAUAUAUCACUUUCACUUAAAAGCAUAACAGAAUGUCGACAAGAAGAUCAAGAUCAAGACAUCAGUCAACCGCUUCAAGAAUUAGUGACGAUCAAAUUAAUGAUCUUGUUUCCAAGUUGCAACAGCUUCUUCCUGAAAUAAGAAGUACUCGUCGUUCUGACAAGGUAUCAGCAUCGAAAGUGCUACAAGAGACAUGCAACUACAUCAGGAACUUGCACAGAGAGGUUGACGAUCUAAGCGACCGACUAUCUGAGUUGCUCGAGAACACUGAUUCGACUCAAGCUUCCAUCAUUAGGAGUUUACUUACUCAAUAAUUAAACCAUAUAAUAAUCAUGCAUGUUCUACACAAGUAACCAAAUUUUUCAUCUUUUUUUUCCCCAUAUGUAAUAUGGUAGUAUUUAAGUUUUGGGGUCUUUCUUGUAUCAGAAAAACGAGUUUUUAGUAGACCUUACUUGGAUAAAAAAGGCUUACUUAAUUUGCUUAGUUUGUUGAGCUAGCAUCAAAAGUUAUGUAAUAAAAGAUAUAAAUUC